GUGAAGUGUCGACAGCGCGAGUCGCUGCGAGAUUCGCGGAGUGAAUUAACCGCGCCUAUAACACCGGCAUCCUCCUUGGCACGCAGUUUGCACUGAAAAAUGUUAUCUAAACUAAUUUAGCAAAAGUUCUACUUGCAAGUACAAAAUGGGUCAACGAGUAUCGCGAAGUGAUUUUGAAUGGGUUUAUACGGAGGAGCCUCACGCUAGCAGGCGAAAAAUAAUAUUGGAAAAAUAUCCACAAAUAAAGAAACUUUUUGGGUACGAUCCGAAUUUUAAAUGGGUUGUCACUGGCAUGGUUCUAGUCCAAUUUGCAUCGAUGUUUAUUGUUAAGGAUCUGAGUUACCCGAUGCUUUUUUUAGUGGCUUACUGUUUUGGCGGAGUAAUUAACCAUUCGCUUAUGCUCGCUAUACAUGAAAUAUCACAUAAUCUUGCUUUUGGUCACGCUAGACCACUAGCAAAUAAAAUAUUUGGCUUUUUUGCCAACUUGCCUAUUGGAAUCCCAGUCUCUAUCAGCUUUAAAAAGUAUCAUCUUGAACAUCACCGGUAUCAAGGGGACGAGAAGUUAGAUACUGACUUGCCCACUCUCAUUGAAGCAAAACUGUUCUGCACAACUCUUGGAAAACUUUGUUGGGUGUUACUGCAACCAUUUUUCUAUGCCUUCAGGCCUUUGGUAACAUAUCCUAAGGCUCCGACGACAUUGGAAUAUAUUAACCUAGUUAUUCAAUUGAUAUUUGACGCAAUUGUUUGGUACUAUUUAGGUGGUAAAGUCUUGGUCUAUUUUAUAUUCGGUUCAGUUAUGGCAAUGGGAUUGCACCCAGUUGCUGGACAUUUCAUAUCUGAACAUUAUAUGUACAAGAAAGGAUUCGAAACGUAUAGUUAUUACGGACCACUAAACUUCAUUACAUUUAAUGUGGGAUAUCACAAUGAGCAUCACGAUUUUCCUUCAGUCCCUGGCUCCAGAUUGCCUGAGGUGAAACGCAUUGCUUCUGAAUUCUAUGAUGAUCUCCCACAGCACAAUUCAUGGGUUUCCGUUCUCUACGACUUUGUAAUGGAUCCAGAAAUCGGACCAUACGCUCGUAUAAAGAGGAAGCAUAGGGGCUUGGCAUCCUAGAGCUGGAAACUAAUUAGAGAAAACAUAUUUUUCGAAACUAUAAUCAAAAUCAAGUUUAACAUUUAUAUGUACAGUACGUUAUACAAGAAAGUUACAUGAAUGAAUUUUUGCAUAAUUUUAUGCAAACGACGAUACAGCACAUAUGCAUCAUUGUCACUAUUAAAUGAUUGGAAUUUCAUAAUUCACGAUUUACUUCGAAAGCAGAAAGCUGACUUUACAAAACCGUGAUGAACGAAAAUAUCCGCAAGAUUCAACACCAACAUGUUGAAAAUAUCAGAGAUCAGAUGACAAAUCUGUGUCCUCUCACAUCAUUUGAUACUCUGUAUGAGGAAAUAUUGUUAGUUGCUGGAAUUCUUCCAAUAUUUCGUACAAUUACACUAAUUCUUUGGUAAUUACAGUUUUAUGGAAAAGUUGACAGUCUCAUUAAAUGAAACUGCUAGGAAAACAAAAAACAAUGCCUUCCUAUAAAAUAAUGCAAGCGUGGAAUGUACUAUAGUAUUUAUGCAAAACUAAUUUUGCUCGUGAGAGAUUGCCGAAUUAAAUAUCAGUAUCAUAGUUUCUGGUCUAAAACUGUACAUAUAUAUUCUCUCUGAAUAGACCUAAUUUUCUUCAGAAAUAUUGUUAUCUUUGCAAUCGAGAUUCACGAAAAACUGCAGUGAAUACAAAUAGGCUCCUGGUAGUCAAGAAGGUGACUAUAUUAAUUUUAUGGCAAAUUUCUGUCGGACAUAUAAUAAUAUAAGAACCUGCGAAGCUAGAAGAUGCUUUGAAGUCCCAAUUACAGCGAAAUCUGCAAAUGUAAUAAUUUUAGUUAAUAUACAUGAUAUUUGGAUACUGCGUGGCAAUAGGGUUCUUUGGCUUUUGCUUAAGUCAAGGGUAUUGCUAGUGAUAUUAAGUUGAAUAAUGCUAAGUUAAACACGUGUGAAACUUUUAUUUCCAUAUAUCAGUGCCAUGGGAAAUUUUCCCUAGCACAGUGAGUCAAUAAUCGCACCAGAUGAACCUGAUGGUAUAAUAUACUAAUUCUGAAUCACUGAUAUUUGUGUAAAUUUAUUAUCCC